UUUUUUUUUUAGUUUCCAAACUCUUCUCUCUCUCUCUCUCUUUUUUUUUCCCUCUUUCUUUUAUUUUUCUUAUCUUUGAUUCAAAUACCGUCAUGUUGACUGAUGAUGAAUAUGAUUAUCUCUUCAAACUUGUCUUAAUUGGAGAUAGUGGUGUAGGUAAAUCCAAUUUAUUAUCUCGAUUCACUACCAACGAAUUCAAUUUGGAAUCCAAAAGUACUAUUGGUGUGGAAUUUGCUACCAAGAAUAUCGAAAUAGAAAAACAUACCAUCAAGGCUCAAAUUUGGGAUACAAGUGGACAAGAACGUUAUCGUGCUAUCACUGGUGCUUAUUACAGAGGUGCAGUGGGUGCUCUUUUGGUAUAUGAUAUUACUCGACAAACAUCAUUCCAAAACGUCACACACUGGUUAAAGGAAUUACGUGAACAUGCUGAUCCCAAUAUUGUGAUUAUGUUAGUUGGUAACAAAUUGGAUUUAAGUGAAACGAACAGGGCAGUGACAACAGAAGAAGGAGGUGCUUUGGCCGAACAAGAAGGAUUCUUAUUUAUGGAAACCUCUGCACUGGAUGCCACCAAUGUCGAAAGCGCUUUUGCCACCGUCUUCAAUACUAUCUACAGCAACGUCCCUAAGAAACAAGUCAACGCUGAUCAACAAUCUCAAGCCGGCCCUACUGGUGAUCGUAUUCAACUAAGACCUCCUAGUGUACGCAGCAUGACUCGUGGUGGUGAUGAUGAACCAAAAGGAAAAUCCUCCGGUGGUUGUUGUUAGUAAUUCUAUCUUCCCUGUGCCCACCUUUUUUUUUUUUUUUUUUUUUUGUUUUAGUUUAGUUAUUCUUUAUUUACUUGUCUCUCUUUCUAUAUAUAUAUAUUAUACAUUACAUAUACAUUCUUCUACUUGUGCUUCUCUUUGUUUUUCUAUUCUUUAUAUGUAUACACAAACGCACUAUCUACUUCAUUCUCCCGUCUUCUUUCCUUUAUUUUCAUUGAGGAUGAAAUAAAAAAAAAUAAAAUAAAAAAAACACUUUUUGUAUUGUACCUUUU